AAUUGCAUAUCAACAUUCCUUUUGUGGAAGCUUUGGAGCAAAUGCCCAAAUAUGCUAAAUUCAUGAAAGAUGUGCUCUCUAAAAAGAGAAGGUUCAAUGAGUUUGAGACGGUUGCUCUAACCAAGAGUUGUACGGAUAUCAUUAAGCAACUACCUCAAAAGUUGAAGGAUCCCGGUAGCUUCUCAAUUCCGUGUCAUAUUGGGAAUAAAUUUUUGGGUAAGGCAUUAUGUGAUCUUGGAGCUAGUAUCAAUCUUAUGCCUCUCUCUAUUUUCAAUAAAUUGGAGUUGGGUGAAGCUAGACCAACAACCGUGACUUUGCAAUUAGCGGAUAGAAGCUUGGCUUAUCCACGUGGUGUUAUUGAAGAUGUUCUUGUAAAAGUGGAUAAAUUCAUUUUUCCGGUUGAUUUCAUUGUCCUUGAUUGUGAGGUGGAUCGUGAUAUUCCUAUUAUCUUAGGAAGACCAUUCUUGGCAACUGCUAGAACCUUGAUUGAUGUUGAAAAAGGUGAGCUUACUAUGAGGGUGGAUGAUGAGCAAGUCACUUUUAACAUGCACAAGUUGAUGAAAUCUCCCAAAGAUCUUGAGCAAUGCUUCUUUGAAGCCUUGUUACUAGGAGCUCAAUUAAGACUCAAGAUGGAGAAGAGUGUAUGGCUAUCAUGA